GUAAGAUUCAACCAAUCCGGCGGCUAAGAUUUAUUGUUGACAAUCAAUAACAUAAUAAUCUGAAGGAGUGAAUGAGAAGAAGAACAUCCAAGAGAAGACGAUCCAUCUUUCUCAUCUGCUACCUCUCGAUCUCAGGAAAAGAAAAGGAUCUGAUGGGAGGAGGAGGAGAGCAUGGACACGGAGGCGAUUUCAGAGCGAAGGUUUGGAGCAUGUCUGGUGGGCCUUACUGUAGGCCCAAACACUGGCGUCGCAACACAGCCCUUGCUAUGUUCGGCGUCUUCCUUGUCUGCAUCCCCAUCGCCUUGAAAUCUGCUGAGCUCGAGCAAAGGCCACACAUGCCUGUACGUCCGAUUCCUUCACAGAUGUGGUGCAAGAACUUUGGUACCAAGGAUGAUUACGAAAAAGCGCAUUGAUUCUAAAAACCUUUUUCAUUUUCGUUACUAGUGUGACAUUAAUCCAUAAUAAUAUGUCUUUGCUGGAACCCUCUCAAACCGGUGGAAUGUUUUGCACGCUUUUGUUUUUAUGUUUGCCAUUCAAAUAGUGGUUUUUCAUCAAACAUUUGAGUUUUGCUUUGAUGUAUCGCAACAACUAUAAAAACAAUUCUUAUCAAACUCUAUCUGCAUCA